AUGUCUUCGAAGGGAGACGCGUCAAGUGACUUGCGAGCAUUGCAAAACUCCUUCCAGAGCAUGAAGAUGGAUUCUGGAAAGAGCGAGGAUGGCUCCAAGAAGACAUCAUUCACCUACAACGCGGAGCGGGUCCUUGGGAGCGGCUCCUUCGGGGUUGUCUACCAGGCCCAGGUCGUGGAGACGGGUGAAUCUGUGGCCAUCAAGAAGGUCUUCCAGGACAAGCGUUACAAGAACAGAGAGUUGCAGAUCAUGAAGGAAUUGCGCCAUCCCAACGUUGUGGAGUUGAAGCAUGCCUUCUACACCUCAGGGGAAAAGCCCGGGGAGACGUACCUGAAUGUUGUGAUGGAGUACUGCUCUGACACGAUCUACCGCGUCAUGAAGCACUACAGCAAGAUGAAGCAACCAGUGCCGCACAUUUUCGUCCAGCUGUACUCGUACCAGGUGAAGAGAGAAAGAGAGAGGGAGAUAGAGGGAGAGAGGGAGAGUGGCUUCCUGGAAACGCACAGAUGGGCCGUGCUUGUGCCUACAUCCACGCUGUGGGGUCAGGAUUUGUCAUCGAGACAUCAAGCCUCAAAACCUCCUGGUGGAAGGGCAUACGCACGCUUUGAAGCCAUGGACUUAGGCUUUCUAUGA